AUGGCGACAUCAACACCUCUGACAUCAGCAUCACCAGUGACCACUGACAUCAGCAUCACCACCAUCGACAUCAGUAUCACCACCAACGACAUCAGCAUCAACACCUCUGACAUCAGCAUCACCACCAUCGACAUCAGCAUCACCACCAUCGACAUCAGUAUCACCACCAACGACAUCAGAAUCAACACCACCGACAUCAGCAUCACCACCACCGAUACCAGCAUCACCAUCACCGACAUCAGCAUCACCACCAUCGACAUCAGCAUCACCACCAUCGACAUCAGCAUCACCAUCACCAACAUCUGCUUCAUCACCACCGACAUCAGCAUCGCAACCACUGACAUCACAUCAACAUCAUCGACAUCAGCAUCACCACCAACGACAUCAGCAUCAACACCUCUGACAUCAGCACCACCAGUGACCACUGACAUCAGCAUCACCACAACCGACAUCAGCAUCACCACCACUGACGUCAGCAUCACCACCAUCGACAUCAGCAUCACCACCAACGACACCAGCAUCAACACUUCUGAUAUCAGCACCACCACCAUCGACAUCAGCAUCACCACAACCGACAUCAGCAUCACCACCACCGACAUCAGCAUCAACACCAUCGACAUCAGCAUCACCACCAACGACAUCAGCAUCAACACCUCUGACAUGAGCACCACCAUGACCACUGACAUCAGCAUCACCACAACCGACAUCAGCAUCACCACCACUACAAUCAGCACCAUCACCAUUGACAUCAGCAUUACCACCACCGACAACAGAAUCACCUCCACUGAUAGUAGCAUCGCAACCACUGACAUUAGCAUCACCACAAUCGACAUCAGCACCACCACCACCGACAUCAGCAUCACCACCACCGACAUCAGCACUACCACCACCGACAUCAGCAUCACCACCAUCGGCAUCAGCAUCACCAACACCGGCAUCAGCACCACCACUACCAACAUCAGCAUCACCACAAUUGGCAUCAGCAUCACAACCACCGACCAUCACCACCACGACAUCAGCAUCAUCACAACCGAUAUCAGUAUCACCACCACCGACAUCAGCAUUGCCACCACCUACAUAAACAUCAGCACCACUGAUAUAAGCAUCGCCGUCACCGACAUAGGCAUCAACAAAACCGACUUAAGCAUCACUACCAACAUCAUCAGCAUUACCAUCACCGUCAUCAGCAUAACGACUACUUACAUUAUUAUCACCAUCACCGACAUCAGCAUCAACACCACCGAUAUCAACAACGCCAUCAACGAUAUAAGCAUCGCCACGACGCACAUCAGAAUCACCACCACCGACAUCAGCAUCAACGCCACCGACAUCAGCAUCGCCACAACCGACCGCAGUAUCACCACCAACGCCAUCAGCAUCACCACCACUGACAUCCUCAUCCUCAUAACCAACAUCAGCAUACCAGACACUAGCAUUACCACCACCGAUAUCAGCAUUACCACCACCGACAUCAGCAUUACCACCACCGACAUCAGCAUCACACCCACUGACAUCAGCAUUACCACCAAAGACAUCAGCAUUAACACCUCUGACAUCAGCAUCACCACCACCGACAUCAAAAUCACCACCACCGACAACAUAAUCAACAAAACCGACAUCAGCAUCACAACAAACGACAACAGUGUCACCACCACCGACAUCUGCAUCACCACCGACCGACAUAUCAUCAGCACCACCAACAUAAGCAUCCUAACAAGCGACGUCAGCAACGCAACCAUCGACAUCAGCAUCAACACAAUCGACAACAGCAUCACCACCACUGAGAACAACAUGGCCACCACCAACAUCAGCAUCACUAACAACGACAUCAUCAUCACUACCAACGACACCACUACCGACAUCAGCAUCACCACUACCGACAUCAGCAUCACCACCACUGACAUCAGCAUCACCACCAACGACAUCAGCAUUAACACCUCUGACAUCAGCAUCACCACCACCGACAUCAACAUCACCACCACCGACAACAUAAUCACCAAAACCGACAUCAGCAUCAAAACAAACGACAACAGUGUCACCACAACCGACAUCUGCAUCACCACCACCGACAUAUGCAUCGCCACCACUGACAUCAGCACCGCCACUACCAAAAUCAGCAUCCCAAUCACCGAUAUGAGCAACGAAAUCCACAUUCAUCAGCAUCAGCACCACAAACAUAAGCAUCUUAACAAGCGACGCAUCACCACCAUGCACAUCAGCAUCACCACCAUCGACAUCAGCAUCACCGACAUCAGCAUCGGCACAUCCGACAUCAGCAUUACCACUACCGACAUCAGCAUCACCACCACUGAGAACAACAUGGCCACCACCAACAUCAGCAUCACUAACAACGACAUCAGCAUCACUACCAACGACACCACUACCGACAUCAGCAUCACCACUACCGACAUCAGCAUCACCACCACCGAUAUCAGCAUCACCACUACCGGCAUCACCACCAUGCACAUCAGCAUCACCACCAUCGACAUCAGCAUCACCGACAUCAGCAUCGGCACAUCCGACAUCAGCAUUACCACUACCGACAUCAGCAUCACACCCACCGACGUCAGAAUCACCACCAACGGCAUCAGCAUCAACGCCUCUGACAUCAGCAUCACCACUACCGACAUCAGCAUCACCACCACCGACAUCAGCAUCACAACCAACGACAUCAGCAUCACUACCACCGAAAUCAUCUCCAGCAUCAACACCACCAACAUAAGCAUCCCAACAAGCGACAUCAGCAACGCAACCAUCGACAUCACCAUCAACAUCUACGACAUCAGCAUCACCACCACUGAGAACAGAUUGGCCACCACCAACAUCAGCAUCACCACUACAGGCAUCAGUAUCACCACCACCGAAAUCAGUUUCACGACCACCGAAAUCAGCAUCACCACCACUGAUACCAGCAUCACCGACACCGACAUGGGCAUUACUACCAACUACAUCAGCAUCGCCAUCACUGACAUCAGCAUAAUCACCAACAACAUCAGCAUCACCACCACCACUUACACCAGUAUCACCAACACCGAAAUCAGUAUCUUCACCACAGAAAUCAGCAACAUCACCAGCGACAUCAGCAUAAUCACUUCAUAUACAUGUAUCAACAUCAUCACCACCGACAUCAGCAUCAUCACCACCGACAUCAGCAUCACCACCAACCACAUAAGCAUCACCACCAAUGACAACAGCAUCAUCACCAACAACAUCAAAAUCAUCACCACCGACACCAGCAACGCCACCAAUGACAUCAGCAUCACCAUCACUGACAUCAGCAAGGCCACAAGCAACAUCAACUUCACAACCAUCGACAUAAGCAACGACACAACCGAUAUCAGAAAUGCCACCAGCGACAUCAAGAACGCCACCACCAACACCAGCAACACCACAAGCUACAUCAGUGACGCAUACACUGACAUCAGCUUCACCACCAAUGACAUCAGCAUCAUCAUCACUGACCUCGGCAUCACCACCACUGACAUCACCAUCACAACAGCCGACAUCAGCAUCACCACAACUUACAUCAGCAUCACCACCACUGUCAUGAGCGAACGACCGAAUGCCACCACCAAUAACGGUUAUUCAAACACCGACAUCAGCAUCCCAACCACAUACAUCAGCAUCAUCAUCACCGAUUUCAGCAUCAUCACCACUGACAUCAACAUCCCCACCCCAAACAUAAGCAACGCCACCAACGACCAUCACCCCACCGACAUCAGCAUUACCAUCACCGACAUCAGGAUCAAAACCACUUGCAUAAGAAUCACGACUAACGACAUCAGCAUCAUCACCACAGACAUCAGCAUCACCCCCAACGACAUCAGCAUCACCACCACCGACAUCACCACCACAGACAUCAGCAUCAGAACGAAUGACAUUAGAAUCACCAACACCGAUAUCAGCAUCACCACCACUUACAGAAUCACGACCAAUGACACCAACAUCACCACCACCGACAUCAACAUCCCCUUCCCCGACAUAAGCAACGCAACCAACGACAUCAGCAUCAACAAAACCGACAUCAGCAUAAGCACCACAGACAUAAGCUUUACUACCACCGAAAUCAACAUCACCAUCACCAACAACAGCAGCAUUGCCACUGAUAGCACCAUCACAACCACCGGCAUCAACAUCACAACCAUUUACAUCAACAUCACCACCACCGGUAUCAACAUCACCACAACCAACAGAAACAUCACCAUCACCGACAUCAGAAUCCCAACCACCGACAUAAACAUCACCAUCACCGACAUCAGCAUCACCACAACCAACACAAACAUCACCAUCACCGACAUCAGCAUCCCAACCACCAACAUAAACAUCACCAUCACCGACAUCAGCAUCACUACCACCAACAUCAGCAUUAUCACCACCGACAUCCGCAUCACCACUCCCGACCAUACAACCACAAACAUAAACAUCACCGACAUCAGCAUCACCACCACCAACAUCAGCAUUACCACCACCGACAUCAGUAUCACGAUCAACGACAUCAGCAUCACCGCCUGCGACAUCGGAAUCACCACCUACGACAUCAGCAUCACCACCACUGUCAGCAGCAUCACCAUCACCGACAUCAGCAUCUCCACCACUCAUCACCACUACCGACAUCAGCAUCACCACCACAUACAUCUAAACACAACCACUAACAUCAGCAUCACCACCACCAACACGAGCAUAACAGCCACCGACAUCAGGAUCAACACCAAUGACAUCAGAAUCACCACCACCGACAUCAGCAUCACAACCCCCGACAUCAGUAUCACCAACACAGAUAUCAGCAUCACAUCCACUAACAUCAGCAUCAGCACCACCGACAUCAGCAUCCCCACCACCGAAAUCAUCAUCAUAACCACCGACAUCAGCAUCACCACCACCGACAUCAGCAUCACCACCACCGACUUUAGCAUCACCACCACCGACAUCAGCAUAACCAACACACACAUCAGCAUUACAACCACUAACAUCAGCAUCGCCACAACCGACAUCAGCAUCCCCACCACCGACAUCAUCAUCACCACCACCGACAUUAGCAUCAUCAACACCGACAUCAGCAUCACCACCACCGAAUUUAGCAUCACCACCACCGACAUCAGCAUCACUACAACUAACAUCAGCAUCACAACCACCGACAUCGGCAUCCCCACCACCGACAUCAUCACCACCACCACCCAUCGCCACAACCGACAUAAGCAUCACACCAAUUACAUCAGCAUUACCACCACCGACAUCAGCAUCGCCACAACCGCCAUUAGCAUCACCACCACUUACAUCAGCAUCACCAUCACUGACAUCAGCAUAAUCAACACCAACAUCAGCAUCACCAUCACCGACAUCAGCAUCACCACCACGAACAUCCGCAUCACCACCACCAACAUCAAAAUCACCACCACUGACAUUAGCAUUACCACCACCGACAUAAGCAUCACCACCAAACACAUCAGCAUCACCGCCACAGACAUCAGCAUCACCACCACUGACAUCAGCAUCGCCACAGCUGACUUCAGCAUCACCACCACCUACAUUAGCAUCACCACCACAGACAUCAAAAUCACCACCACCCACAUAAGCAUCGCCACCACCGACAUCAGAAUCAUCACCGCCGAGAUCAGCAUCACCACCACCGACAACAGAAUCACCACCACCUACAUCAGCAUCAGCACCACCGACAACAGAAUCACCAACACAGACAUCAGCAUUACCAACACAGACAUCAACAUCACCAUCAACGACAUAAGCAUCAUCACCACCGAGAUCAGCAUCACCACCAGUGAUAUAAGCAUCACCACCAACUACAUCAGACUUUCCACCGCCGACAUCAACAUCACCACUACUGACAUCAUCAUCACCACCACUUACAUCAGCAUCACCACCACCGACAACAGCAUCAUAUCAACAGACAUGAGCAUCAUUACCACCGAUUUCAGCAUCACCACCACUGACAUGAACAUCAUCACAACUCACAACAGCAUGACCACCACCGACAUCAGUGGACAACCGCAGAUGAUGUUUUAA